AACGUAGAGAUUAUUGAAAGCGAAUAAAUCCUUUUUGAACUUCCAAUCGGUAAUCGUCUGCGACCGAAUUCAAUCUGCAGGUGUUGGAAUCGAUGAUUAGUUUCUGGAAAAUCGCAUUGGAUUUUUGAUUCGUAUUCAAUUGGAGAUGAAGAAAUCGAAGUUAUUGAAGAGUUCUAAGGAGUUGUUUUCUCGGAGCUUCAAUCCUUCUAAAUGCAAGACAGCGCUGAAGCUGGCGGGAUCACGGGCGAAGCUGUUGAGGAAUAAGAAAGAAGCGCAAGUGAAGCAGAUGAGAAGGGAAAUAUCACAGUUGCUUGAGUCUGGCCAUGAACAAACUGCUAGAAUUAGAGUUGAACAUGUGGUUAGGGAAGAGAAGAUGAUGGCUGCAUACGAUCUUAUCGAAAUCUACUGUGAACUGAUUGUAGCUCGAAUGCAAGUAAUUGAGACUCAGAAGACUUGCCCCAUCGACUUAAAGGAAGCAAUUACAAGCGUAAUAUUCGCUUCACCUAGAUGCGGAGAUGUAACUGAACUUCGAGAUGUGAAGAAGCAUUUUACAGAUAAAUAUGGAAAAGAUUUUGUAGCUUCUGCAGUCGAACUUCGCCCACAGAGUGGCGUAAGCCGUCUGAUAGUCGAGAAGCUUUCUGCAACUGCACCUGAUAUGCAGACCAAAAUUAAAAUUCUGAGUUCAAUAGCUGAAGAGCAUAAUGUCAAAUGGGAUCCUAAAUCAUUCGAAGACAAAGAUCCAUUACCGACCACUGAUUCACUGAAGGGGCCAAGAACUUUCGAGGAGACUAAACUAAACGACGAACCCCUCCAAAAUAACCACAGGAUGCAUAGUUCUGUACCCCAUACAGAUCAUAUAUCUCCGCGUACCAAUGAAAUGAACCGAGGUGACGAGAGGGAACAAUUCUCUCCGGGAGGUACCCAUAAUACCCGUCUGGAUCGACAGAGAUGGAGUAUGGAGUUCAAAGAUGCUACUCAUGCUGCACAGGCGGCUGCCGAGUCAGCAGAGCUAGCAAGUAUGGCUGCCAAAGCUGCUGCUGAACUUUUGAUCCGUGACAAUUAUAUGCGGCAGUAUUCCACCGAGUCUGAUAGAGGACAGCAGCGGAGGAAUCAAUCGUUUUCAGAGAAAACUCGGGUACAGAAUGACUAUCCGAAAACAGGUGGAGGAUUCGAUGACGACAGUCGUGGUGGUGUGAAGGAGUUUACUCAGUCCAGAGCUUCUAAUCGUAACAGCUCGUUGGAUCAUGACGCCAUGGAUGUAUAUGCCUAUUCUCGGAAAACUAAAUUUGAAGAGGUCUCUCGAGCCAAAACGAAUAUGCAGAAACAUGAUGAUGCCAGAGACGGUAGAAUUUCUUGGGACUUCAAUAUAUUUGCGAGCUCGGAGGACCGCAAGUUUACGUCCGAUGGUAAGGAUCCUUUUCUGAGUUCUGGGAAGGGAGAAAUUUAUGAAGAAAUCUCCCACGACUCUUCUUCGGGUGUAGUUUUCGACAAGUCUGAUUCAGACAGCGAUGCCGAUGAUAAUGAUUUCAACGCGGGUUUUAGAUAUGAUGAUGAUCACAAUUCAGGAUUUCAUUUUCCAUCAGGAAGCCAGAAAUCGCCCGAGCAUCUCUGGAGUCGACGAUCUAGCUCAGGACUCGGAAACCUUGUUUCUCCGAGGAAGAACUCUUCUGAAUUUCCUGGAAACAUCGAAUCGAGGGAUGGUUCGAAACUGAAUGAUUCUGUGAGGUCGAAAUCCGAUGAAUCAGCUUCAGGAAGUGAUCUCGACACGAAUAUGUCCAGACGCAGUCGGCUAGAAGAUUCCACAAUUAGGCGCCGUAUCGAUGAGCCAGCUAAAUCCAAGCCUCUAGGUGUUGUAGAGCUCGAUUUCGGAAAACUUACCGGUGGUUUGCGCCAUAAAGACAACACUCUCCCAUUCUUUAAGUCUCAAAAAGCAUCGUCUCCUAGGCGACCUAAAUUGUCCGAACACAAGGAUAGCCAGCUAGCGCAGAAGGUCCACUAUGGAUCGGACACUGAUAGCUCCGAGGAAGAAGACACUUUAAGAAAGAUAUCCGAUCGAAAGCCAAGACAGAAUACUCUUAAAUCAGGAAAGGAAGUUAAGACAACGCCGAGCUUAUCGGCUUCAAAUCCAUAUUUCAGUUCUGACAACAGUGAUUCGGACAAGGAUCCUCCGAAGAACUCCCUUACAACAACAGCUCAGAUUCGAAACGCCAUUAAUGAAGGGAUAGAUAAGAAUCCGACAACCUCCAAGUCUUUGAGAAGCUCUGGUAAAUUGAACUAUGGUUCUGAAAAACCGGCGUCAUUGCCGAAAACUAAUAUGGAAACUCGGCAACGGUAUCCAUCCUUAGAUAAAACUCGAAACUCAAGUUUUCCAGGAGCUGCGAAUUCCUCGACUAAUAAGGAAUUUAUUGGCAAUGAGAAUACAGAAGCUGCAACAAUGCCGAGGAAAGAUGGAAGUAGCCGGCGAGCUAGCCAUGUUCAUCCGAAGCUUCCCGACUACGACACUCUCGUAAAAUCUCUUCGCAAGAAUCGGACUUAACAUUUUGAAGGUAUGUGUUGCUAUCUAUCUGUUCAUUCCCUUCAUUGCUUCAUGUCAUUUCUUGGCCUUUUUUUCUUCUAUGCUUGUCUUCUUUGUUUUGUUUUGUUUUCAUGUGUGUGUAGAUAUCGAAUAUAUAUGUUCCCCGGAAAGAAAUGUUCAUGUAGUUGCAAUUGUGUGUUUAGUUGGUGAUUUUUUAUUGUUUUUUGUCGGGAUUUGGUUUAAACUUUGGUCGAAUGUGAUUUUUGUGAGAGAAAAUUGUUAUAGAAAAUUUUGAGAUCUGUACGGUGAAGAAAUGGUAAAAGAAAUAUUUGGACAUAAUUUACGUUAUUUUCUUAA